AUGGUAUUAUGAUACAUGCGUAAGCAUUAACAGCUGCAGUUGAGGAAGAUAAUUGUUGGUAAAACAGGGAAGUAUCUACAUACUUGAAGUUCGAGCGUGACACCCUGAUUCAAUCGAUGGGAGUUACCGAUUUCUGGUUCUAAGGCCUACUGGGACAAGAUUUGCGAUGAUCUUGAGAAGCGCACGGAACACGUAAGUGAUUCAUCCCAACUUCCUUCACCCUCACCCAAUGACCUUAUCGAUCCUAAUGUGAAACUAAACCGCGAUGUUAUUUCGAUAAACAAACCUGAUCAGAUCGUGGAGCCGUUGGUAAAAAUCUUUCCACCAACACCGAUGGGUUUGACAUCCGAAAAUCUUAUGUUCCGAUCUAUAGAUAGUUUGAUAAUAAAUAAAAACUAUACUGAUCGCAGUAAUAAAGACCGUUUAAUCAUGAAUAGUUCGCGGGCGCCUAAUAAUCACAUGACUCAAAGUAAAAAUGUGAAUCUCUAUGACAUCUCAGUGAGCGUGACAGAUUUUUUGAAGAAUAAAAGUAUGCAGACAAGGAAAACUUGUCAAAUACAUAAAAAUACACCACCGCUGAAAAUCUUUGACGAUAAUCUUAAAAGAUUCUUACCUAAGAAAAAGUUGAAUCACAAAUUACCUAUGACUGCGACGACAGUAUUACCAUCAAAUGCUUUGGAUCCUGCAAAAUUACACAGAACUAAAUUUUGCCCGUAUCGUAAUCAACGAGUUUCGGAAAAUGAUAUAGAAUUGAGUACUGGAUUAGUGAAAAAUCGAAAGCGGUGGUCACGUUCGCUUAGACGAUACAAAACUGCAGUUUCUGAUGAGAACAAUGUAGAAAACAAUUUUGAACAAUUUUUAAAGGUUCCAAAAUCUUCUGGUUUGAACUUACACUCGAGUUCGAAGCAACCGGGAUUGAGUAGGAAAUCUAAAUCAGAAAUUAUAAAAUCAAACUUGAAUCACAUACUUAGUAUUCCCAAACUGAACGAAAUUGGUAUAGAUGAGAAUUUAUUCAUAAUCAGUGAAGAUGUAAGUAGCGACGAUGCCAUUAUCGAAAACUCGGAUAGCGAUACAAGGGCCAGCUUGAAUUACCAGCAGAAAAUGCAGACCAUGCGAGACAAAUAUAACGUUGAAUUGAAUUUAUUGCGGACCCAAAAUUUCAACACACCAAAGUCCGAAAUAACUGUUUUGAAAUCAAAAACAAAUUUUGACCCCAUAUUGAGCCAAUCUGUAAAAUUACCCAGACUACCUGACGAGCUAUCACCUGAUUUCGUUGGUAGAAAUAGACUCAACAUUAUUAGACCGCAGGUGAAACCGGAAAAGGACUUUCUCAAGGUACCAAAGCUAGGCGCCAUAAGCUCUUACCCAAGUUUCAGCAAACUCACAGCUGACGAAAAUGUCGAGGUGGAAGAAAAUGUAAAGUCACCUGUACAGAGGUUGACUAGAGUUGACAAUUCACGAAGUCUGACGUUGUCUGAUCAGCGCAUAGAAUCGGAUAAGACGAACUACUUGAAGGUUCCAAAAUUGGGUAUGAUGAGUUCUUACCUGAGUUUCACCAGCUUGAUACCAGACGGUCUCGAUAGUGACGAUAAUGCAAAUGGCGAUUCAGAAUCAACUUCGAAAUACCCAACUAAUCGAUUGUCAAAUGACAUGUUGACUUCUACUGAAGGGAAUGUAACACAGGACGCAUUGAUCUCGUUUGACAAGUCCACUGCAUUAAACUCGAGUGGUAGAAAAGCUCCCAGUAACAAAACUGGACCAGAAUCUUUGACAGCUAAAAACAUAGAUAUGAAUUCCACUGUAGGAAAUUAUUCCCAAAUCGAAAAACCGAUGAGACGAUAUUCUUUGAAGAACUCAGUUCGUUAUGCGUACAAAGCGUUGAAAUUCUUGACCCGCAACAAAAAUUUGGAUUUCAAACCUCAGAGUUAUCAACAACUACAAAAAUCUAGCUCGUCCGGUGGAUCCAGUAACAGUUCUCAAGUAUCAAAAUAUUCUAAAUUUGAACCGGCAAUAAAACUUCUUACAUAUGAAGAUAUAAUCAAGGAAAGACGCAUAACUCGAUCAGCUAGUUCAAGCACUUAUGCAUCCAUGAAGUCAAGACUUAAGCAUAGAGCUUCGCAAUACCUUGGAUCAGACUACAUUUUGACCAACUCUAACGCUGAACCUGCGACGUCUUCCACGACUAUUUUGUCCUCGACAAGGUCAACUUCCGGUCCUACGCCUGAGUUUCAAGUGCCAGUAUUAGAAAGACCUUCAGAUGUGAUCCUGAGCAAAUUACCCGCAAUGUCCAUCUUUCCUAGGAAAAAGCACGAUAAAUGCUUGGCUUGCUUGUAUAAUGCUUUUAAAAAACCUAUCGAAUCAAGAAUAGAGCUUCCGUUAACUGUGCGAAACGCAGUUGGGAAAGAACCUGUUGUAAUGCUUUCUGAAUCCGAAUCUAGUUCCAUCAGUCUACCAGAUAUGAAAGACCUACCGGACUCAAACUUAGAAUACAACGAUGAUUGGACGGGGAUUUCAAAGGGUAACGGAAAGUCUUUGUUGCUCGAUAAAAUCGAUUGGAAAUCAUCUAAGAGUUCACUCCAAGCGAAUUUCGAUCCACAAAGAUUUCGGCAACCAUUUGCUCGAGCAUCGGAAGAUAUCCAAUCGCGGGAAAACCAUCCCCGGUUAGAAAGUGUUAAAAAAAAUUUGUCACCCAGUGAUUCAACCGUGACAAAUAAUUUUCCCAAACCGUUAUCCUUGUCUUCUGAUCAUUCGAAACCGUCCUCUCUCAGUGGACAUAGUUCCGAAUCAGACGAACCCCAGGUUCAAGUGAAACAAACCGUGCCAACUUCAGAAUGCGUCGUCUCCCCUUAUGCGCCUCUUCAUUGGGCCCCAAGUUUGGACCCCCUUAAAUCUCUGAAACUACGAAAGCCGGUUUCUAUGCACGGACGUGCCAUUUCAAUCACUAAAACUGAAGAUAACAGUGGCUCUGAUGAGAACAUAGACGACUAUAGAAGCGCGAGAAAAGAGAAAAAGGUGAAUAAGUUGGCUAACAAAAAUGAUGAGAAUGUUAACGUCGACCCAUCUACAAAAUCCAAACUUGUGAAGCAGCCAUCUAUUGUUGCUAAAAUAAUCACGUCUCAACUUUCGACUGUUAUGAAUCUCAGCAAGAAACUGUCCAGAGUUGACCUGCUUUCUAAUUACUCAAAAGUUGAAGAUCAAAUGACCACACAGCAUCAGCAAUCGAUCACUGCAAUACUAAAUCGUACAUCUGGAGAUAUGUCAAAAGAAUUAAAUGUUAGUGUAUUGGAUGAGAAAGAACAGCCGGUAAUUGACUCGAAUGAUCAGAAGAUGCCGGAUCAAAGUUUGCUAGAAUUCACUGACACUUUUAACCUGAAUCAAGAAGAAGUCAAAGUACCUCCCAGUAUCGAAUCUGGAUCAAUGAGGUCUCCUUUGUCUCAGAUUACUGAACAGACUGUUGAAAAUGAAAGUUCGGUGCUGAGUGAAGACGGAAAGUUAGAUUCUGCCAAGACUACGUCUAGUGGUGUUCAUGGAGCUUCAAAACAUCCUGACGAACCCCAGAAUCUAAUAUAUUCAGACGAGCGUGUAACUAAGAUAUUAGAAAAGUGCAUCGAUGAGAAUCGAACGCCUUUCGAAAUGCUUGAAGCUCUCAGUGCCGAGGCAUGCAAUAGUGACGUAUUCAAGUCCAAAAAUGCAACAAUCAAACCUGAGAUCGCGCAUUCCGCUGAAGUAGCUAAGAAUUUGAUAAAACUGUUAGUAAAUUCGAGAAAAUAUUUAAGUUCCAACACGUUCUCCCCACACCUCGAAUUUUCCUCCCCCCAGACCCCCCUCUGCAACCCCCGUCAACUCCGUCGAGUUCUACCAGCGGAGACGUACAGCUUGGUCGCACGCAUAUUGGGUAUGCCAGAAAACCCCGCGAACAAACCAGUCGCUCGAAAAUCGGACAUCCAAUCUAACUGCAUAGAAAAGGACCCCUUCAGACUUGGACAAAGUUACAACAGAACUUCGAGUGCUGAUUCUUGCGACCUGAUUGUACAUCCACCUUCGGCUCGCGGUAAGAAAAAGUCUAUAAUUGACGAAGAGGAGUUCGAAUACCCCCAGCUGAGCCCGUAUGCGUUGUUCAUGAAUAAGCCCAGGCGUAAGGCUAUCAAAUGGCGGCCUUUGGUGGAACGAGAUAUGCUGGGCUACGACCCUGAAGCCACGCUGAACAUGAGGGCGACCAGGAUAACGAACAAAAUUUGCGAAGACUUUUGCACAUGGCUGAGAGAGCUUGGUGGUGGACAAAGUGACGACAUUGACGAAGAGGUUCUGAAGGACAUGUUCCAAAUUGAGUUCACAGCUGAAGCAUGCAGAGCUAUGCAGGUUCUUGUAAAGGAGAUUCCGAUGGUUCCAAUUGCCGUUGCGGUAGCAAGAAAUACUCCGGGUGCUGGUGAACUGGCUCUGACUCGUAGACAUUUAAUCAGAGACGCAAAGGCUGAGAGUAUGUUGAAAAAAACCAUCGGAUUUGGAUCAAUGUUGCCAAGAAGUCUGCGCUUCAUUCCACCGAAAAAUCGCGUUGUCGAAAAGUGGCUACAGUGCGAAAAUGUGCCCCGUGAUCUGGAGACAAUGGAAACUGUCUGGAAGGGAAUAACUCACUUGGAUAGUGUCAAAAGGUUCUUGGCUUGGGUCGAAGCGCAUCCUGGGGUGAAGCCACCUAAGAUCUUGACAGAAGCAUACGCCAAAAAAGAAGCACUAGCAAGACAGCAGUCGAUAGAAGAAGCGGGCGGACAUAUCGAACUCGAAAUGGAUCAAAUUAAAAGCCUCAAAGUUGGCGACGUAGACUAAGAUAUUUAAACGAUCCGAAGAGAUGCCAAAGAAAACAUCGCCACAUAUGUGCCAAAAGACAUUCGCAGAAAUAAAUUACCA